GGUGCCUGCCAAGCUGCUGCGCGCUCGGGCACCCGGCUGGGCUGUGGGCAGCCGCUGGAUGCCAGCGAGCUAAGCUAGCGGAUUGCGGCAGAAAAGCAAAGAUGUCACAUUGGAUCCUUUUUCUCCGGGACCCACUAAGGUGAGAAUAAGAUCUUUGGCUGGUUGGAGCUAGCCUAAGCUGUAAGGCAGCCAUGGAUAUGGCGUAUGACCUACUCAAUUGCACCCAACCACUGCUAUCCUCUCCAUUUGACCUCAAUGGCUCAGUGGUGGCAGCCAACGGCUCAAACCAGACAGAGCCAUACUAUGAUCUGACCAGCAAUGCAGUCCUCACAUUCAUAUAUUUUGUGGUCUGCAUCAUUGGGUUGUGUGGCAACACGCUUGUCAUUUAUGUCAUCCUCCGCUAUGCCAAGAUGAAGACCAUCACCAACAUUUACAUCCUCAACCUGGCAAUCGCAGAUGAGCUCUUCAUGCUAGGUCUGCCCUUCUUAGCCAUGCAGGUGGCUCUGGUCCACUGGCCCUUUGGCAAGGCCAUCUGCCGGGUGGUCAUGACUGUGGAUGGCAUCAAUCAGUUCACCAGCAUUUUCUGCUUGACUGUCAUGAGCGUUGACCGAUACCUGGCUGUGGUCCACCCCAUCAAGUCAGCCAAGUGGAGGAGACCCCGGACAGCCAAGAUGAUCAACGUGGCUGUGUGGGGAGUCUCUCUGCUGGUCAUCUUGCCUAUCAUGAUAUAUGCGGGGCUCCGGAGCAACCAGUGGGGGAGGAGCAGCUGCACCAUCAACUGGCCAGGUGAAUCCGGGGCAUGGUACACAGGUUUCAUUAUCUACGCCUUCAUCUUGGGGUUCCUGGUGCCCCUCACCAUCAUUUGUCUUUGCUACCUGUUCAUUAUCAUCAAGGUGAAGUCCUCUGGAAUCCGAGUGGGUUCCUCUAAGAGGAAAAAGUCUGAGAAGAAGGUCACCCGGAUGGUGUCCAUAGUGGUGGCUGUCUUCAUUUUCUGCUGGCUCCCUUUCUACAUAUUCAAUGUCUCCUCCGUCUCUGUGGCCAUCAGUCCCACUCCAGCCCUUAAAGGCAUGUUUGACUUUGUUGUGGUCCUCACCUAUGCUAAUAGCUGUGCCAACCCCAUCCUGUAUGCCUUCCUAUCUGACAACUUCAAGAAGAGCUUCCAGAAUGUCCUCUGCUUGGUCAAGGUCAGCGGCACCGAUGACGGGGAGCGGAGCGACAGUAAGCAAGACAAAUCCCGACUGAAUGAGACCACAGAGACCCAGAGAACCCUUCUCAAUGGAGACCUCCAGACCAGUAUCUGAACUGCCUGAAAAAUAAAUAUAAGGCCAAGCUCUGCCAACUGACAAUGUGUUCCCUGCCCCCACCCACUCCCUGCCCCCCCACCCAUCCACCUGGCUUCUAGAAUAGGGAAUUGCUCAGCAUGAGUCCAAUUCAGGGAAGAGUGUUUGAGUCGGCUUGUCUGAGUGAAUGGUUUGUAUUAAAUUAAUUAACUCCCCCUUAAAGUGAACAUUUAAAU